ACUUCCCGCGCGCAAUACGUGCACUAAAGGAGCGCACAAGCCAAACUUUGUUUCAAUAUGGCGUUUGGGUGUUGUGUUUGUUUAUAUUGACAUGUUAAUGUUGUGUUAUGUGUCGUAGUUUACUGUAGUAUUUACAGUUGUUAAUAUGUAUAUUAAACAGGUUAUUAUACAGGGAUUCAAAAGUUACAGGGAACAAACAGUUGUUGAACCAUUCGAUCCCAGACAUAAUGUAGUAGUUGGGCGGAAUGGCUCAGGGAAGAGUAAUUUCUUUUACGCAAUCCAGUUCGUGUUGAGUGAUGAAUUCUCUCAUCUCAGGCCAGAACAGAGGCAGGCUCUCCUACAUGAGGGUACCGGUCCACGUGUUCUGAAUGCCUAUGUAGAGAUUAUUUUUGACAAUACCGAUGGACGACUACCAAUCGAUAAAGAGGAGGUAUAUUUACGUCGGGUGAUUGGAGCUAAAAAGGACCAGUACUUCUUGAAUAAAAAAAUAGUACCAAGAAGUGAUGUGAUGAAUUUGCUAGAAUCUGCUGGUUUCUCACGUUCUAAUCCUUAUUACAUUGUAAAGCAGGGAAAGAUUAACCAAAUGGCUACAGCACCAGAUUCACAUAGGUUGAAGUUACUACGAGAAGUGGCUGGCACAAGAGUGUAUGAUGAAAGGAGGGAAGAGUCAAAGGCCAUUUUGAAAGAAACUGAAGGCAAGCUGGACAAAAUUGAGGAAUUUCUGAGGACAAUUGAAGAACGGCUAAAAACUUUGGAAGAGGAGAAAGAAGAACUAAAAGAGUAUCAAAAGUGGGAUAAAAUGAGAAGAUCUCUUGAAUACACUAUUCAUGACCGGGAGUUGAAAGAGAACCGUGAAAAACUGGAUAAUAUGGAAAAGCAGCGUAAAAUGUCUGGGGAAGAGCAAAAAAAAUUUAGUGCUGAGCAGAAAGUUGCGCAGGAGAAAAUCAGGACAGCAGUAAGAAAUUUAAAGGAAGCGAAGAAAAUUGUGCAGACACUAAAGGAAGAAAGGGACACUUUAAGUGCAGAUCAGCAGCAACUUCUGAAAGAGAAAACGAAGUUGGAACUGACAAUUAAGGAUCUUUCUGAUGAAGUUAUGGGUGACAAUACAUCAAAGGAGCGAGCAGAAAAUGAGUUAGCGAAGCUGAAAGUCACUAUCAGUCACCGGCAGGAAGAAUUAGCUAAUUUACAGCCAAAGUAUGAGGAAAUGAAGAAAAAGGAGGAGGACUGUACAAAAGAGCUUGCCUUGAAGGAACAAAAAAGGAAAGAAUUAUAUGCCAAACAAGGCCGUGGUAGUCAGUUCACUUCCAAAGAAGAAAGAGAUCAGUGGAUCAUGAGAGAACUGAGGUCACUUAACAAGCAAAUAAAGGACAAACAGGAUCAUGCCACCAAACUAGAAGAAGAUAUAAAGAAAGACAUUGAGAAGAAAGCCUUGUUACUGAGGAAGAUUGAGGAACAGACAAAUGAAUUGGAAAAGCAAAGAGCUUGUAUAGAUGAACACAAUAAACAAUUUUAUGAUUUCAAGAAGACCAAAGAUCAGUAUCAGAGUAAAAGAAAUGAAUUAUGGAGGAAAGAAAAUGCAUUGCAGCAGACACUGACGUCCCUAAAAGAGGAUUUAGCAAAAGCUGAUCAGUCCCUUCGUUCCAUGGCUGGGAAGCCAAUUUUAAAUGGACGGGACAGUGUCAGAAAAGUAUUGGAAACAUUCAGAGAACGUGGUGGCAGCUUUGCAGAAAUAGCUAACUGUUAUUAUGGGCCUGUCAUUGAAAAUUUUGAUUGUGAAAAGAGUAUUUAUACUGCUGUAGAAGUGACAGCAGGCAACAGGUUAUUCCAUCAUAUAGUUGAGUCUGACAAAGUCGGAACUCAAAUAUUGAAAGAAAUGAAUCGUCAGAAACUUCCAGGAGAAGUUACCUUUAUGCCCCUGAAUAGGUUGCAUGUACGGGAUCAAGAGUACCCAGAAACAAAUGAUGCAAUUGCAAUGGUUACAAAAUUGAACUAUGAAAAUAGAUAUGACAAGGCAUUAAAAUAUAUAUUUGGGAAGACACUGAUUUGCAGAAACCUUGAGGUUGCCACAAACUUAGCAAGGACAAGUCAACUUGACUGUGUCACAUUGGAAGGUGAUCAGGUGUCAUCCAAAGGGUCACUGACUGGAGGUUACUUCAAUACUUCUCGUUCUCGUUUAGAGAUUCAGAAGACACGAAGUGAACUGAGUGUACAGAUUCGUGAUGCAGAGGCAGAGCUAGGAAAGCUUCGAGCAGAACUGCGUGAAAUAGAAGAUAAAAUAAAUCGAAUCGUAUCAGAUAUGCAGAAGACUGAAACGAAGAAUAGUAAAGCCAAAGACAUAUUUGACAAAGUUAAAGCAGAUAUUCGGUUGAUGAAAGAAGAAGUUGCUGGAAUUGAAAGGUAUCAUGGCCCUAAGGUUAGAUCCCUUGACCAAUAUGCCUCUAGCUUGGAAGCCAUGAGAACAACGAAGGAGGGUUUGGAAGCAGAACUCCAUCAGGAAUUGAUGUCUCAGUUGUCUGUACAAGACCAGUUGGAAGUUGACCAACUGAAUGAUGACAUUCGUCGCCUCACACAAGAAAACAAGGAAGCAUUUAGUACUCGUAUGAGACUUGAAGCAGAAAAGAAUAAACUGGAAAAUUUGUUAACUAAUAAUCUCAACCGUCGUCAUGAUGAACUUGUACAAGCUUUACAAGAGAUUUCUGUAGAGGAACGUCAGCAAAAACUUAAAAAUUGUAAAGCAGAAUUGGAAAUAAUAGAUAAGCGUAUUGAAAAUGUCAACCGUGAAUUUAAAGCUGUCGAAAAGAAGGUGCAAGAAGCAUUGAAGAAGCAAAAAAAUGAACAAGUGGAACAAGAUACUUGGAAACAGAAAGAAAAAGAAAUCCAAGAAAAGAUUGAUGAAGAUGCCAAGGACUUGGAGAAAAUGGCAGCCAAACAAAAUAUGUUACAACAGAAAAUUGCCGAAUGCACAAAAAAGAUUCAGGAACUUGGAGCAUUGCCACCUCCAGAAAUGUACCUGAAAUAUCAAAAUAUGUCAACCAAAAAUCUCUUUAAAGAAAUGGAGAAAGCAAACAGCCAGCUAAAAAAAUACAGCCAUGUUAACAAGAAGGCUCUUGAUCAGUUUAUGAGUUUCUCUGAUCAGAAAGAAAAAUUAAUGAAGCGCAAAGAAGAACUCGACAGGGGAGAUGAAAAAAUUAAGGAACUCAUGUCAGUUUUGGAGCAACGUAAAUAUGAAGCUAUAGAGUUCACAUUCAAGCAGGUAUCAAAAUACUUCAGUGAAGUGUUUCAGAAGCUUGUACCAGGUGGUCACGCCCAGCUCGUAAUGAAGAAGAAUGAUGAUGAAACAGGAGGACCACAGGAAGAAGGGGAAUCAGACAAAUUUACUGGAGUGGGCAUCAGAGUGUCCUUCACAGGUCGUCAUGCUGAAAUGCGUGAAAUGAAUCAACUCUCCGGUGGGCAGAAGUCACUAGUCGCCCUUGGCCUUAUCUUUGCAAUUCAGAAAUGUGACCCUGCACCAUUCUACUUGUUUGAUGAAAUUGAUCAGGCUCUUGAUUCACAACACAGAAUGGCUGUUGCUAAUAUGAUACACGAGCUGUCCAAAGAUGCACAAUUUAUUACCACGACAUUCAGACCAGAGUUGUUGGUACAUGCAAAUAAAUUUUAUGGAGUUAAAUUCCGCAACAAGGUGAGUCAUGUGGAAUGUGUUACAAGAGAGGUGGCUGCAGAUUUCGUGGAAGAUGACACCACAACAGGAUAACUUCAUCCAAAAAGGCGGGAAUAUUGUACAGUGUAUUAAAGUUUAACAUGCAGUACUUAGAUGCGCUCAAAAGCUACAGAAAACUGCCAGUUUUGAAUUUUAAAACUGUGUUGUAUAUAACAAAUUUUACAGUGAACUUUUUAUGCGUUAGUUACUUAUUGCCAGUAUUUACUUAGGCAAAUUGUUAAAAAUUGACUGAAAGUGGUAGACUCAGAGGAAGAACUAUUACUUACUUGAAUUUUAAGAAAUGUAUCAAUAUUUUCAUAUUUUAAUUUAUUAUAACAUUUAUAUUUUUAUUGUAAUAUAGACAGAAAUUGUAUUUGACUCAUUCCAUGAUGUAUAUAUGCCUCAGGCUUUUUAAUAAUCACACAUUAGUGAAUGCCAAGCCUACAGUUUAAGUGCAGAAUUGAAAAUUGCUUCUAUACUGUCCACAGAACUGUCUGGUGAUAGUUUUAUAAGUAAUUGUAAAAGAGCACUCAUAAAUUAUUUGUAUCUUUUGU